AUGCGUGGCCCGCCACGGUUGGGCCCGCCGUCGCGUCCGCCGCCGCUCGGUGCACAGACGGUCGGCCGAGGCCCCGCGCAGCCGUGGGCGGUACGCGUGCGCGAUCGCAUCACCCGCCUAUCCCCGCGCGCUCCUCCCGCCUUCUCCUUCUCCAUCUGUACCGAUCCCCACCGUGCCCGCCUGCACCCUCCCGCACCGCUACACGGCGACAAUGGCUGCCAUCCGCGUCGAGGCCCACGUCCAGAAAAACUUCCACCGCGUCGAUCGCAACGACCCGGCCCGUACGUCCCUCCAGCCGCCAUCCAUGCGCUCGACCGUCAUCCGUACGCUGCCCCGCUCGGCCCCAGUCCUAAAGGCGUCACACACCGGCCCAUACCUGCGAGCUGCGCGCGCUCCCCUGCGGAGGGGACUGGCCGCGAACUUGAAGCCUGGUUAGGAGAAGGCUCCCGUGAUUUCUUGUCGCCCUGGGUAGACCGCGGUGCGUCCGUGUCCACGUACGUGCUUCUCCGCUCCGUCUGCGCCCCCGCCCGAGCAGACGGACGUCAAGCAGCUCGCAAACCCGACGGACGACUCACAGGAACAGAAGAGCGAGGGCGCCGCGCGCCGGGCCAUGCGCACGAGGCCGGGGACCGUGGCGUUCCGUACGCACUGUAUGUCGUGCAGGUGCCAGACGAGCGCGCCGAGUUGCACGGCCUCCGUGGGGGUGCACGGGCGG